AUGCUAAAAAGUCGAACUAGAGCUACUCUCAAAAAUCAAUCCAUUUAACCUACUAAUCCACCUUCUCUUUUCCUCAUCUUCCCUUUCUCAUCAUCACUACUAACUAGACGACAAUUACUAACUAACUUAUCCCGAAUAACUCGUAGCCCUCAUUCCUUUAGCUGACCUCAGGGGAUUGAAGAAUACCUGUUCUGUUGUUCUCCUUCAUAUCGCUCGUCCAAUCAGAAUCUCCCAUUGCCGUCAAAUCCCGGGCCACUUUGGAAGUCUGUAUCGAUGUUUACCUGAAAACAUUGCCUCAUAAAGUCAUUUGCUCGUUUGAAGUCAAUUAAAUAGGCUGCUGAAAAAAAACAAUUCCUUUUUUUCAACAGAAGUUUUAAAAAACUUGGUCGAAAGUUUGAACCUAAAAGGAAAAACUAUUUUGAAAGUUACCUGCUGUAAGUUUUGAUUAAUUUUUCCUCUUUCUCCGAGUUGAAUUCUUCUAAUAAAAAGUAAAGUAUCCAUCUUCCACUUCUGGGGUGAGAACUGAGCGAAUCGAUUAGUGAUAUAGGCUCUCAAAGUGGGAAUUGUUUAUGUCAAGGGUGCAUUUAUCCUUUAUUGUGCAAACAAAGCCCUUCCUUUUUUCCUAAUUUACCUAAUUGCGAUCUGUCCACUGCAUAAGUGCGAUCCCUGCUAGCUCCGUUGGGUGUCAACAGUAGAAGAGAUAGUUGGAUCGGAAAUUGCGAGUCAAUUAGCCCUUCUUAGCAAUAAUAGACACCUUUAAUUCUCAACUUCCUAAAAACACUUACGAUCACCCGGAAAACUUACCCAAAUAUCCGUUUCUCACUUUCAUUGCUAAUCCAAGUUCAUCCUAUUUUACCUUACUUUUCUGAUUUGAACUCUUUUUUACCUUUUAACUUCACUCCUAAUUUAACAAAAUUUGAGUAAUGUCAAGUGAAAGUAGUCCCGUAAAUUUGACUAACAAAUCAGAAAUGCCAAAAAACCUCCAAAAUCAAAGCAAAAUUCCCAAAGAUAACAAUGGGAAAAAUUUACAUUUUUCAAAAACGAGUUUUCAAACCGGAAACGAAGUUGAAAAACCAAUUUCUCACGUGGCCGAAACUGAAAAACAAGUGAACAAACCUACGCGUGAAACAUUUUCCAUUGACAAUCUUCUUUUGAAAGCGGCAACUUUCAUUAACAACAGCAAUCAAACCGAAGUCGCUGGAGGCAAUCUAGACCAGGUGCGCCAUCUGAUGAGCCAUCAACAGGGUCACCACCAUCAUCACCUGCAACAUCGUCCAAAAUUCAUGCAAUUGGAGGACCACAAGGGUCUUUUAGGGUCUCGAAGUCAUCAGUUGGAAGAAAAAAUGAACCUGACGAAAAAUGAGGGAGUCGAAAGUGACGAUGAGAGCAAUGAAGGCAGCUCGUGUAAUGAAGACGACGAAGACUUGCUCCCCAGUCCAUCUUCCACUUCUCUCAUCUCAAAAUACCAGUCUUCACUCACCCCAACCUCGGCCGACCUAUUUCUGAAACAAUCACAUGACUGCCAUCAAGAAACCAAAUCUUCAGGAAUCUCGGGUACGAUUGAACAGUACGAACAGUGUCUGAGUGAACUUCAGCAGGGGGGAAAUGGGGGGAAUAGGCGGCGGAAAAAGAGAACCCGUGCUGCUUUCUCGCAUGCCCAGGUGUUCGAGUUGGAGAGGAGAUUCGCCCAGCAGAAGUAUCUGUCGGGACCCGAGCGAUCGGAACUGGCGUCGGCACUCAAACUCACAGAAACACAGAUCAAAAUUUGGUUUCAAAACCGACGCUACAAAACAAAGAGGAAGCAAAUUCACGGUGACAUUUUGCCCUCUCAUUGCGGACCUUUGUCUUCAUCAGUGGGCGAAAACAACCCCCACUUAAACCACCUCCGCAAACUCAGUGCUGCUCAGCUUCAAAUGGCGCUGACGUCACAAAUUGCAAACUCUGCCAUGCGCGGAACUCAAAUAACCAAUUCAGUUCCAGUAACAUCUCAGUCUAUCAACCAGCCAGCUUUGGCACCUCCAGUUGGAUUCGACAUGGGAUCGAAUCCCGCUGUCUCCGCUGCUUCACAAAUAUUCGCAAAUGAAACUUCGGCUCAAAAAACACUCGCCCAAAUGCAGUUAGAACUCCUGAGGGCGUCGACUGUCGGUGUCAAUCCUUAUUUGUCACUACUUUGCUACUCAGCAGCGGCCGCAGCAUCAGGCGCAAUUUUCCCACAGACUGUUCAGCCGAAAGCGCAAACGAUUGGAAUUGGGAACGCACAACAACUUGCAAACUCAGUCAGCUUGGCGCAACAGUUGGCUAAUUUGACUGGUCAGCAAAAUAACACCAUCUCCCUUGCUAAUGUUUUGACCGGUAUUACGCAACCCCCUUCAACCCUAACUACAAGCAAUGCUUUGUUCAGCAGUAGUCUCAAUUUGACUUGUGACAAUAUUUUGACUCAAUCGACAGUAAAACAUGGACAUGAUACUAAACUAACUAUGGACUCUGCUCGUCCUGAUUUAUUACUGGCUCCUGUUGUGUCAACAAACAAUAUUUGAUUCUUAUGUAGCUUGACCUCUAAUACAAAUUUGUAAAAGAUGCUCUGUACACGAUAAUUUAGAUUGAUAGACGUUAUAACCUGUA